AUGUCGUUAGAAGAAGCAAGAAAAUUAGUAAAGGAUAAAGAUUAUAGUAAGGCAGAAGCCGUUUAUCUACAAUUAUUAGAUAGAGAUAUUUCUGAGUUUAACGAUAAGAUAAAAAAUGAACAAGAAUCUAUUAUAUUGGAAUUAGGUUCCUUAUAUGUAGAGACUCAUAAUACAGCUAAACUUCGUGAUUUUAUCCCACAUUCGACUGAUUAUAUGGCUCAAUUUGCUAAAUCAAAGACAGCAAAAGUAUUAAAAACUUUAAUUGAAAAAUUUGAACAAGUGCCAGAUUCUUUAGAUGAUCAAAUAUAUGUAUGUCAACGUAGUAUCGAAUUUGCUAAAAGUGAAAAAAGAGUGUUUCUAAGUCAUGCAUUAUCAAUUAAAUUAGCUACUUUACAAUAUAAAAAGACUAAUUAUAAAGAAUCAUUAGAUUUAGUCAAUGAUUUAUUAAUUCAAUUUAAAAAAUUAGAUGAUAAACCUUCUUUAGUAGAUGUACAUCUAUUAGAAAGUAAAGUAUAUCAUAAAUUAAGAAAUUUAGCUAAAGCUAAAGCGGCAUUAACCGCUGCUAGAACUGCAGCAAACUCGAUAUAUUGUCCAACUGUUACCGUUGCUGAAUUGGAUUUAAUGUCAGGUAGCCUCCAUUGUGAAGAUAAAGAUUAUAAGACUGCAUUCUCUUAUUUCUAUGAAAGUUUCGAAAGUUUCCAUAACUUAACUACACCAAGUUCUUACGAAAGAGCUUGUCGGGUUUUGAAAUAUAUGUUAUUAUCAAAGAUUAUGUUAAACUUAAUUGAUGAUGUUAAGACUAUAUUAAAUGCAAAAUAUACAAAGGAAACAUAUCAAUCUCGUGGAAUUGAUGCCAUGAAGGCAGUUGCAGAGGCUUACAAUAACAGAUCUCUACAAGAAUUUAAUACAGCUUUAAAAAAUUAUCAAUCUGAAUUGAUGAGUGACGAUCUUGUAAGGUCUCAUUUCAACGCAUUAUACGACACUUUAUUAGAAUCUAAUUUAUGUAAGAUCAUUGAACCCUUCGAAUGUGUUGAAAUUUCUCAUAUCUCUAAAAUGAUUGGUUUAGAUGCACAACAGGUAGAAGGUAAACUUUCUCAAAUGAUUCUGGAUAAAGUAUUUUAUGGUGUCCUAGACCAAGGAAAUGGUUGGCUAUACGUUUACGAUACACCACAUAAGGAUGCUACUUAUGAUUCAGCUUUGGAAUUGGUCUCUGAAUUAAAUAAAACAGUGGACCUUUUAUUCGAUAAGGCUAGUGUUUUGUACUAA